UCGCCGCCCGGCGCCUGGGAGCGAACUGAGCAGUGUGGAACCAUGGCCGGCUAUCUCUCUCCCGGCGCUCACUUCAAUUUGGAGGAACGGGAGUACCUGCAAGCUUAUGAAGAUGUGCUGGAGAGAUACAAAGAUGAACGGGACAAAGUACAAAAGAAAACCUUCACAAAAUGGAUAAACCAGCACCUUCUGAAGGUUCGCAAACAUGUGAAUGACCUGUAUGAAGACCUGAGAGAUGGACAUAACCUGAUCUCUCUCUUAGAAGUUCUUUCAGGAGACACCUUGCCCAGAGAGAAAGGUCGGAUGCGUUUUCACAGACUACAGAAUGUACAAAUUGCACUUGAUUAUUUGAAAAAACGGCAGGUUAAAUUGGUAAACAUCAGAAAUGAUGACAUAACAGACGGGAAUCCCAAAUUGACUUUGGGAUUAAUAUGGACCAUAAUUUUGCACUUUCAGAUUUCUGACAUCCAUGUUACUGGGGAGUCAGAGGAUAUGUCUGCAAAAGAGAGAUUGCUCCUGUGGACACAGCAGACAACGGAGGGUUAUUCUGGAAUUCGUUGUGAAAAUUUCACUACCUGCUGGCGAGAUGGGAAAUUAUUUAAUGCCAUCAUUCAUAAAUACAGGCCAGACCUGAUAGACAUGAAUACCGUUGCUGUUCAAAGCAACCUUGCAAAUUUAGAGCAUGCUUUUUUUGCAGCAGAAAAACUUGGUGUUGCCAGACUUCUGGAUCCUGAAGAUGUUGAUGUCUCCUCGCCUGAUGAGAAAUCAGUAAUCACAUAUGUGUCAUCACUUUAUGAUGCAUUUCCCAAAGUACCAGAAGGCGGUGAAGGCAUCAGUGCAAAUGAUGUUGAAGUCAAGUGGGUUGAAUACCAGAAUAUGGUGAACUACCUCAUCCAGUGGAUCAGGCACCAUGCCACAAUAAUGGCUGACCGAUCGUUUCCAAACAAUCCUGUGGAACUCAAGGCACUUUAUAACCAGUAUUUACAAUUUAAAGAAACAGAAAUUCCAUCAAAGGAGAUAGAUAAAUCAAAAAUCAAACACCUAUAUAAAUUACUGGAGGUUUGGAUAGAGUUUGGGCGUAUCAAGCUCCCUCAAGGCUACCACCCAAAUGACAUAGAGAAAGAAUGGGGGAAGCUAAUUAUUGCCAUGCUCGAAAGAGAGAAGAUGCUACGGCCAGAAGUUGAAAGGUUAGAAAUGCUGCAACAGAUUGCAAACAGACUGCAGCGAGACAGCCUGAGCUGUGAAGACAAACUAAUGCUUGCUCGAAAUGCUGUGCAAUCAGAUUCAAAACGAUUAGAAUCGGGUUUGCAGUUCCAGAAUGAGGCAGAGAUUGCAGGCUGUUUACUUGAAUGUGAGAAUCUAUUGCGCCAACAAGUCAUGGAUGCCCAGAUUCUUCUUGAUGGAAAAUAUUAUCAGGCAGAUCAGCUGGUCCAGAGGGUUGCAAGACUAAGAGAUGACCUUAUGGCCUUAAGAGCAGAGUGCUCCUCGAUGUACAGCAAGGGGAGAACGCUGACAACAGAACAGACCAAGAUGAUGAUAUCAGGAAUAACACAAAGCUUAAACUCAGGAUUUGCACCUAUUUUAAAUUCUGGACUGAGCCAGGGUUUAUCCCCUUCCCUGACUUCAUCCAGUCUGACAUCAGGUUUAUCAUCAGGUUUUUCUUCAAGACUGACUCCAUCCAUUACCCCAGCAUGCACACCAGGUUUUCCUCCACGGUUAAUUCAAAGCUACCUGACAGGUGUGGACAGUGGUGCACUGCAAACAUUUAAACUGAUGCAGAUCCGGAAGCCCUUGAUGAAAUCAGCAUUUGUUGACCAGAAUUUAACGGAGGAGGAAGUCAACAUGAAAUUUGUCCAGGAUCUCUUAAGAUGGGUAGAUGAAAUGCAGGUGCAACUGGAUCGGGCUGAAUGGGGUUCAGAUUUGUCGAGUGUGGAAAGCCAUGCAGAAAAUCACAAGAACAUUCAUAAAGCUAUUGAAGAAUUUGAGUCAAGCCUUAAAGAAGCAAAAGUCAAUGAGAUCCAAAUGACUGCUCCUCUUAAACUUAGCUAUGCAGAAAAAUUGCACAAACUGGAGAGCCAAUAUGCAAAACUCCUGAAUACUUCAAGAAAUCAGGAAAGACACCUUGACACCCUUCACAACUUUGUAUCUCGUGCUACCAGAGAACUCAUAUGGUUGAAUGAAAAAGAGGAAGAGGAGGUUGCGUAUGACUGGAGUGAAAGAAACACAAAUAUAGCAAGGAAGAAAGAGUACCAUGCCGAACUGAUGAGAGAACUUGAUCAGAAAGAAGACGUGAUUAAAUCGGUUCAGGAAAUAGCAGAACAAUUGCUCCUAGAAAACCACCCUGCAAGAUUAACUAUUGAGGCCUACAGAGCUGCAAUGCAAACACAGUGGAGCUGGAUUUUACAACUUUGCCAGUGUGUUGAACAGCAUUUAAGAGAAAAUACUGCAUAUUUUGAGUUUUUCAAUGAUGCCAAAGAGGCUAUGGAUUAUUUGAAGAGUUUAAGAGAUACCGUACAACGAAAGUACAGCUGUGAUAGGUCCAGUAGCAUUCACAAACUGGAAGAUCUGAUCCAGGAGUCCAUGGAAGAAAAAGAACAACUUCUGCAAUACAAGAGCACCGUGGCAGGCCUUGUGGGGAGAUCCAAGAGUAUAGUUCAGCUGAAGCCGAGGAAUCCAGAUAAUCUACUCAAAACAUCCAUCCCAAUUAAAGCCAUCUGUGAUUAUAGGCAAAUAGAGAUAACCAUUUACAAAGAUGAUGAAUGUGUUCUAGCAAGCAAUUCACACCGGGCAAAGUGGAAAGUGAUUAGUCCGAGUGGUAAUGAGGCUAUGGUUCCUUCUGUAUGUUUCACAGUUCCUCCACCAAACAAAGAAGCAAUAGACACUGCAAACAGAAUUGAACAGCAAUAUCAGAAUGUCUUAACCCUUUGGCAUGAAUCACAUAUAAACAUGAAGAGUGUGGUCUCCUGGCAUUACUUGACGCAUGAAAUUGAAACUGUUCAAGCUGGUAACGUUGCUUCGAUAAAGACACUCUUGCCAGGGGAACACCAGCAGGUUUUAAGCAACUUGCAGUCCCGUUUUGAUGACUUUCUGGAAGACAGUCAGGAGUCUAAAGUCUUCUCUGUUGCUGACAUUGCACAGUUGGAAAGAGAGGUGAAUGUCUGCAAGGAGUACUACCAAGAGCUCCUUAAGUCUGCUGAGAGAGAGGAGCAUGAGGAAUCCAUUUACAACCUCUACAUCUCAGAAGUACGAAACAUCCGACUUCGUUUGGAGAAUUGUGAAGAUCGUUUGAUUAGGCAGAUUCGAACCCCACUGGAGAGAGAUGACCUACAUGAAAGUGUGUUUCGGAUUUCUGAGCAAGAAAAGCUGAAGAAGGAGUUGGAUCGACUUAAAGAAGAUUUGGAAACAGUCACGGAUAAAUGUGAUGAGUUUUUCAGUCAAGCUGCUGGUUCACCCUCAGUCCCUACUUUGCGGUCAGAGCUUAAUCUUGUAAUUCAGAAUAUGGAUCAGAUUUACUCCAUGUCUUCCAUUUAUAUUGAAAAGUUAAAAACUGUCAAUUUGGUGCUCAAGAACACACAGGGAGCUGAGUCAUUAGUAAAACUGUAUGAAACUAAGCUAUGUGAGGAAGAACCAUUGACUGCCGACAGGAGUAAUACUGAGAACUUGAUGGGUACAUUAAAGCAAUGGAGAUCAGAGGUUGAUGAAAAGAGAGAAGUGUUCCAUGCCUUAGAAGAUGAACUCCAGAAGGCCAAAGCAAUCAGUGAUCAGAUGUUUAAAACACACAAAGAACGUGAUUUGGACUUUGACUGGCACAAAGAGAAAGCUGAUCAGCUAACUGAGAGGUGGCAAAAUGUUCACUCUCAGAUUGAAAACAGGUUGCGUGACUUAGAGAGUAUCAAUAAAUCUCUAAAAUACUACAGGGAUACUUACAGUGCACUGGAUAGCUGGAUUAAGCAAAUUGAAGAAACCCAGCAGAGAUUUCAGGAAAAUCCACCUCAGAGCAGUAAAGCUCUGGUCAAACAGCUAAACCAGCAAAAGAUGCUGGUUUCUGAAAUAGAAAUGAAACAAAGCAAACUGGAUGAAUGUCAGAAAUACUCAGAGCAGUAUUCAGCUGCAGUAAAGGACUAUGAGUUGCAAACAAUGACUUACAGGGCCAUGGUUGACUCCCAGCAAAAAUCGCCAGUGAAACGCCGAAGAAUGCAGAGCUCUUCUGAUUUUAUUAUCCAAGAGUUCAUGGAUUUACGAACACGCUAUACAGCUUUAGUAACCUUGAUGACUCAGUACAUAAAGUUUGCUGGUGACUCUCUGAAAAGACUAGAAGAGGAAGAGAAGUCAAUGGAAGAAGAAAAGAAAGAACAUGUUGAGAAAGCUGUGGACUUAAUGAAAUGGGUCUCAAACAUCACCAAGAGUCUUAGCAAAGGCGAAGGAGAAAGGCCUGAAAAAGCAGAUUUUCUUAAAAAACAGAUUUCUUCAUUUGAACUGUCAGCCAAGAAAGAACAGAUAGCAGAGGCUUUGCAAACAACACAGUCAUUUUUAGCAAAACAUAGCGAUAAAUUGACAGAUGAAGAGAAAAAUGAAAUGGAAAACCAUAUGCAGUCACUCCAUGAAGGUUAUAAACUGUUAUCUAAUGAAGAUUUGAAGCAGUUGCAGGAGAAGCAAAAUGUAGAUGAUGAAAACAUGCAUGAGAAGGACUUGGCAGAACAACAUCAGGAAUUUAAAGAGAAGAUUCAGGAUAUCUGUGACCUCCUUACACAGACUGAAAAUCAGCUCAUUGGCCACCAAGAAGCCCUUGUUAUUGAGAGUGGCAAGUCUGAGUUGCAGCAAUAUCAAACCAAACAAGAGGAGCUACAGAAAGACAUGCAAGCAAACACACAGGCAUUGGCAGAGAUUGUGAAAAAUACAGAGAUGUUCUUGAAAGAAAAUGGGGGAAAGUUGUCACAAGAAGACAAGACUGCUCUUGAGAAGAAGCUGAAUGAAGCCAAGACAAAGUGUUUGCUGCUAAGCCAAAAGGCUGAGGAAUCGAGAAAAGAGCUGGAUAAGGCUGUGACAACAGCCAUUAAGCAGGAAACUGAAAAGGUUGCAGCCAGAGAGCAGCUGGAAGAGAGCAGAAGUACAAUAGAAAACCUUCUGGACUGGUUGUCAAAUGUAGACAAGGAUGCUGAACAUGGGGAAAAGAAAUGCCAGCCAGUAAUCAAGCAGAAUGGCAACCAUUUCCAAGAAGGGGAUGUGGAGGGUUUGGCUGGAGAAGAUGAUGAACUAAAUGGUAAUUUGUUUGAAGUCCAGCAACAGAAUGCAUCCCAAGUGGAUGGACAAGUAGAACCCAAGGAAGAUAACCUCAACAAACAGUAUCAGAAAAUCAAGGCUCAGCAUGAGAAAAUUAUUUCACAACAGCAAGCUGUCAUAAUAGCCACCCAGUCGGCCCAAGCCCUGCUUGAGAAGCAAGGUCAUCAUCUUUUUCCAGAGGAGAAAGAGAAGAUACAAAGAAAUAUGAAGGAACUGAAGAUGCAGUAUGACACAGCUUUAGCUGAAUCAGAGCACAAACUGAAGUUAACACGUUCUCUGCAUGAGGAGCUUGAGAAGUUUGAUGCAGACUACAAUGAGUUUGAAAGUUGGCUUCAGCAGGCAGAACAAGAGCUUGAAAAUUUGGAGGCAGGUGCAUCUGACUUUGGUGGCAUUACUGCCAAACUGAGAAGGCAGAAGAGUUUUUCAGAAGAUGUCAUCUCUCACAAAGGGGACUUGAGAUACAUCACCAUUUCUGGGCAGAGAGUGCUAGAUGCUGCUAAGUUAUGUAACAAAAGAGAAGGCUUCCGAUAUGACAAGGAAGGUAUUGACAGUUCAUCAACUUACACAGAAGUACAGAAUAAAUUGGAUGGUGCAACAGGUCACUUUAAAUCUCUCUAUUCCAAGUGCAGUAUCCUUGGAAACAAUCUCAAAGACCUGGUCGAUAAGUACCAGAACUAUGAGGAUGCCUCCUCUGGACUUCUGGCAGGACUCCAGGCCUCUGAAGAAGCGGUUAAUAAACAUCUUUCUGAGGCAGUUGCCGUGAAUCCAAAAACUCUCCAGAGACAAUUAGAAGAAACCAAGGUGCUUCAGGGUCAAGUGGCAGGACAUCAGAUUGCUGUAGAGAAACUGAAAAAAGCAGCUGAAGUGCUCUUAGACACCAGAGGAAAAUUGCUGCCAGAUAAAGAGGAGAUCAAGAAAACAGUGGAUACUGUUGUGGACAAGUAUAACCACUUGUCCAAAGCAGUCAGUGACCGGAAUGAGAAGCUCCAGAUCACUCUAACACGUUCUUUAAGUGUUCAGGAUGGAUUGAAUGAGAUGCUUGAUUGGAUGGAUGAUGUUGAGAAGAACCUUGAGAAGCAAAGUCAAGUGCCUUUGAAUUCUGCUGCUAUUCAGGAUGUCAUUAGUAAAAGUAUGGCACUGGAACAAGAUAUUGCAGGUCGUCAGAGCAGUCUCAAUGCCAUGAAUGAAAAAGUGAACAAAUUCAUUGAAACAACAGAUCCAUCCACUGCAUCCUCUUUACAAGCUAAAAUGAAGGAGCUCUCUGUACGGUUUUGUGAAGCCAGUAAAAAACACAAGAAAAAGCUUGAAAAGAUGGAGGGCUUGAAGUCAAAAGUGGAACUGUUUGAAUGCCUCUUGGAUAAACUUCAGUCAUUCUUGGACAAGAAAGCUCAGGCUCUCAGUGAUGCUGACAUCCCAGGGAAAGAUGUUACUGAAAUGUCUUUAUAUAUGCAGGAAACCAACUCUGAAUUGGCAGAGCAGAAAAAAGAUCUUGAAGCUUUGCAGCACCUUGUUGGAGAAAUUUCUUCACAUGCUCUCCCUGGAGACAAGUCAUUAGUGUUAGAAAAAGUCAACACCUUGUCGAAGAAAUUCAGGACAAUGGAAAAGACUGUGCGAGAAAAAGAAGAAGACGUAUCCUCUUGCCGACAACAAAUGGAUACAUUCAAGCUUCAUGUAGAAUGUUUGAAGAAAUGGAUAGACGAGGUGACAGAAAGAAUUCCAACUACGCAGCCCUCUUUAAAUGCUGAGACUUUAAAGAAGUAUUUGCAGAACACCAAGAAUUUGGAAGAUGAAUGGGUUUCAAAGGCACCUGAAAUUCAGAAAAUGGCUAGCAGAGGAGCAGUGCUAUGUAACCUAAUCAGUGCUGUGACUUCCCCUGCAAAAUCAAGGGGAGUCAAAUCAGCUAUCAGUGGAACACUAUUAAAUGGUGAAGGAGGUACUGCAGGUAGUCAUGGAUUCCUGACAAACAAAGAACUGGCCAGUAUUCAACAGGAUAUGUCAACUGUAAGCCAUAACUAUGAUGAUUUGGGUGGAAUACUGAAAGAAAAAAGAGCAGAAUUGGAAUCCAUGCUUUCGAAUAUGCAGAAUGUCCAAGAAGAAUCAAAUUCAAUGUGGGAGUGGUUACAGAAAAUGGAUAUGGCUGCAGCAAAAUGGGAAGCUGUUCUUCUGGAUGGUGAAGCAGUUAAGGAACAAGUGGAGCAACAUAAGUUAUUUGAAACAGAAUUGAAACAGAAUGAGAAUAAACGUCAAGAGCUCAAAGACAGAGUCACAGAGUUGCUGGAGAAGAACCCAGAUUCUCCCGAGGCGCCCAAAUGGAAACAGAUGUUGGAUAAAAUAGAUUCCAAAUGGAAAGAACUCAUCCAGGUAGCAACUGAUAGACAGAAAAAACUGGAAGAAUCAUCAAAUUAUCUGACCCAGUUUCAGACUGUAGAGUCUCAGCUGAAACAGUGGCUGGUGGAGAAGGAGUUAAUGGUCAGUGUGCUUGGACCACUGUCAAUUGAUCCCAACAUGUUAAAUACGCAAAAGCAGCAAGUUCAGAUUUUGCUCAAAGAGUUUGAUACUCGAAAACCACAGUAUGAACAGUUAACCACAGCAGGACAAGAGAUUCUGAAGAGACCAGGUGAACAUCUACCUUCUCAUGAAACUGUGAGACAGCAGUUGGCAGCUGUGGCACAGAAAUGGGAUGCCUUAACAGGACAGCUGAGUGGCAGAUGUGAGCGAAUUGAGCAAACCAUUGUCAAAAGCACAGAGUACCAAAGCUGUCUGAAAAACCUCUCUGAGAAGUUUAGUGCCUUGGAUAAUAAACUCAGCAGCAGCCUGUCUGGAAGUACAGACCCUGAUGCUGUGAAGCAGCAGCUGGAAGUGGCCAGAGAAGUGAAACAAGGAAUACAAGAGGAGAUGCCAAACAUAAAUGCUGCUGAGACCCUUUGUGAAGAACUGUCAGUACUGGUGGCAGAAGAUUACCUGAAAACAGAGCUUGCCAGGCAAUUAGAUGGUGUCAUAAAGCCCUUUAAGGAGAUGGAACAAAAAGCAGGCAAUCACAUUGAACACCUCCAGUCAACCUAUGUUAGUUCUCAUCAGUUCCAACAAAUGUCUAAGGACUUCCAGGCCUGGCUGGACAAAAAGAAAGGGGAACAGAAUCAGUCUCGUCCUAUCUCUGCUGAUCUGGAGACUCUGCAGUCAUUAAUUAACGAUCAGAAAGCAUUUAAGAUGACCUUGUCUGAACAGAUUGGUUCCUAUGAAAAAAUAACUGUAGAAGGCGAAAGCUUGCUCCAGAAGACUCAAGGGGGCGAGAGGGCAGAGUUGCAGUCCCAGCUGAACAUGCUCAAAGGGAACUGGGAUGAAAUGAAUAGGCAAGUUAAAGAAAAUCAAGACAAGUUGAAUGAUUGUCUGGGGAAAGCCCUCAGAUACCGGGAGCAUGUAGAGACUUUGCAGCACUGGGUAACAAACUGCCAAAGCAACCUAUCUGAUAUCAAGAUAGGAAUAGACCCUGUUGAGCUAGAGAAGACCAUCACUCAGGUGAAGGCCUGGCAGAAGGACUUGGACAAACAGCAAGGAAUGGUGGAGCUGUUAAACAAUGCGGCAGCAAUGUUGCUCAGUGCCUGUGAGACAGACGGAGAUAUUAUUCAAGAAGAAAAGGCACUGCUGUUCCAGGAGGUGUAUACAGUUAAAGAACAAUUACACACAAAAAGAGAGGGCCUGGAAAAGAUGGCUCAGAGACUAAAAGAGUUUCAAGAAUCAUCCAGGGAAGUUAAAGAGCAGCUUCAGAAUGCCAGAGAGCAGCUGGAAGCUCACGAUACCUUGAAACCCCAGACUUACAGCAACAAACACUUGACACUUAUGCAAACUCGUCAGAAAGCACUUCAGACCUUAAAGCCUCAAGUGGACCUGACAAAAAAGCUUGCCCAAGAACUGGUGGUGGAUGCUUCUGAUUCAUCAGGAGUUUCUGACCUCUUGCUGAAAGCAGAAGCAUUAGAAGAAGAAUACAGUGCCAUCAGCCAGCAGGUUGAAGAUAAAUGUUCCUUUCUGGAAACUAAACUUCAGGGAAUUGGUCAUUUCCAAAACACCAUCCGAGAAAUGUUUUCUCAGUUUGCGGAGUUUGAUGAUGUGCUGGACAGCAUGGCUUCUGUGGGUAGGGACCUGGUUACGCUGCAGUCGCAGCGAGAGGGUAUCCAAACUUUCCUGAAGAAAUUGGAAGAGCUAAUAAACAGUAAUGAAAAUGCAAACAAGACUUGCAAAACGAUGUUAGCAAGCGAAGCUGAAGCUUCUCCUGAUUUGGCAGGCAUAAAGAGAGACUUGGAGGCUUUAAAUAAGCAAUGCAAUAAGUUGCUAGAUAGAGCAAGAGCUAGAGAAGAACAUGUAGAGAGGACUAUUCAUCGCAUUGAAGAGUUCUACUGUAAACUGAAGGAGUUUUCCAAGCUGCUUGGGGAAGCAGAAGAACAUGAAGAGUCCCAAGGUCCUGUUGGAAUGGAAACGGAGACUAUUAAUCAACAGCUGAAAGUAUUCCAGGUAUUUGAGAAAGAAGAGAUUGAACCACUGCAGGUUAAACAACAGGAGGUGAAUUGGUUGGGUCAAAGCCUUAUUCAGAGUGCUGCUAAAAACACAAGCACUGAUAACCUUGAGUGUGAUCUUGAAGAUGUUAAUAUGAGAUGGAAAACUCUCAACAAAAAGGUUGCCCAAAGAGCAACUCAGUUGCAAGAAGCAUUACUCCACUGUGGGAGGUUUCAGGAUGCUCUUGAAUCCAUACUCAGCUGGCUCAUCGACACGGAAGAUCUCGUGGCUAAUCAGAAGCCUCCAUCGGCUGAGUUUAAAGUUGUAAAGGCCCAAAUACAGGAACAGAAACUUCUCCAGAGAUUGUUGGAUGACCGCAAGCCCACUGUUGAACUAAUCAAACGUGAAGGGGAGAAAAUUGCAGAGUCAGCAGAGCCUGGAGAUAAAGAUAAGAUCUUGAAACAGCUGAGCCUUCUAGAUAGCAGAUGGGAUGCAUUGCUCAAUAAGGCAGAAGCCAGGAAUUGUCAGUUGGAAGGUAUCUCAGCUGUAGCACAGCAAUUCCAUGAAAUCUUAGAACCCAUGGUUGAAUGGCUAACCACCACUGAGAAGAAGCUUUCAAAUUCCGAACCCAUUGGAACACAGGCCUCCAAAUUACAACAACAGAUUUCUCAACAUAAAGCCUUAGAGGAAGACAUCAUUACUCGCAAUAAAAAUUUACAGAAAGCUAUUAGUAUUGGUCAGGCUUUAAAGACAUUGAGCUCCAGGGAAGAUAAAGAUAUGGUGCAGGAGAAACUAGAUUCUUCCAAAGCCCGAUAUACUGAGAUGCAGAAGAAGAGCUGCAGUAGGGCCGAGCUGCUCCAGCAAGCUUAUUGCAACGCUCAGAUUUUUGGAGAGGAUGAAGUUGAAUUGAUGAAUUGGCUGAAUGAAGUUCAUGAGAGGUUGAGCAAAUUGGCAGUUCAAGGCUACAUUACUGACUUGCUUGUGAAACAACACACUGAAAUGCUGGUUCUUCAAGAAGAGAUUCUACUCAGAAAGCAAAAUGUUGAUCAAGCAAUACAAAAUGGUUUGGAGCUCCUCAAGCAAGCUACAGGUGAUGAAGUUGUCAUAAUCCAGGAUAAAUUGGAAGGCAUUAAAGCAAGAUACAAAGACAUCACUAAGCUGAGUUCUGAUGUGUCGAAGACCUUAGAGCAAGCUCUACAACUUUCUGGGCAGCUGCAGUCAACUCACGAGGAACUCUGCACUUGGCUUGACAAAGUUGAAGCAGAAUUACUUUCAUAUGAAACUCAGAUCCCCCAAGGCAAAGAGUUAAAUCAGGCACAAGACAGACAAAGAGAACUGAAAAAAGAAGUAAAACAGAAUAGAAGCUUACUGGACACUCUCAAUGAAGUCAGCAGUGGUUUGCUGGAACUAGUGCCAUGGAGAGCAAGGGAAGGGAUAGACAAAAUGGUCACAGAAGACAAUGAACGGUACAAAUCAGUGAGUGACACUAUAACCCAAAAAGUGGAAGAGAUUGAUGCUGCCAUUCUAAGAUCACAACAGUUUGAUCAUGCGGCUGAUGCUGAAUUGGCUUGGGUUGCGGAAACAGAGAAGAAACUGCUGUCUUUGGGUGAUAUUAGACUCGAACGUGACCAGACCUCUGCUCAGCUACAAGUUCAAAAGGUAUUUACUAUGGAGAUUUUAAAACAUAAGGAUAUGAUAGAUGAACUUGCUGCAUCUGGUGAUGGAAUUAUGAAGACAUGCACAGAAGAGGAGACCCAAGCAAUGAAGAAGAAACUGGAAAGCCUCUUACAGAAAUAUGAUACGCUCUGUCAGAUGAACUCUAAAAGGAACCUCCAGCUAGAACGUGCACAGUCUCUGGUUAGCCAGUUCUGGGAGACAUAUGAAGAGAUUUGGCCAUGGUUGACUGAAACAAAACUGAUUAUCUCACAGCUUCCAGCACCAGCUCUUGAAUAUGAGAUUCUAAAGCAACAGCAAGAAGAACAUAGGCAACUACGAGAGUUGAUUGCUGAACACAAACCUCAUAUAGAUAAGAUGAACAAAACUGGACCUCAGCUUCUGGAGCUGAGCCCACAAGAAGGAUUUUCAAUCCAAGAGAAAUAUGUAGCAGCUGAUGCCCUUUACAGUCAAAUUAAGGAAGAUGUCAAAAAGCGAGCUCAGACCCUGGAUGAAGCCAUUUCUCAGUCUACCCAGUUCCAUGACAAGAUAGAUUCAACCACUGAGAGCCUGGAACGCAUCAUUGAGCGUUUGAGACAGCCACCUUCGAUCUCAGCAGAAGUUGAGAAGAUUAAAGAACAGAUCAGUGAAAAUAAGAAUGUGUCCGUGGAUCUGGAAAAACUUCAGCCAGUGUAUGAAACACUGAAGCAGAGAGGGGAUGAAAUGAUUGCACGUUCAGAAGGUGCUGAUAAAGAUAUAUCUGCUAAAGUGGUUCAAGAUAAGCUGGACCAAAUGGUCUUCAUCUGGGAAGACAUCCAUGUUCUGGCUGAAGAAAGGGAGGCCAAACUGCUUGAUGUUAUGGAACUAGCAGAAAAGUUCUGGUGUGAUCACAUGGCUCUUGUAGUCACUAUUAAAGAUACUCAGGAUUUUAUCAGGGAACUAGAAGGUCCUGGGAUUGACCCAUCUGUGGUAAAACAGCAACAAGAAUCAGCAGAGAGUAUCAAAGAAGAGAUAGAUGGGUUACAAGAAGAACUAGAUACAGUUGUCAGCCUUGGCUCUGAACUCAUAGCUGCCUGUGGAGAACCUGACAAACCUUUAGUCAACAAGAGCAUAGAUGAGUUAAAUUCUGCUUGGGAUGCUUUGAAUAAAACAUGGAAGGAGCGUGUUGACAAACUUGAAGAAGCCAUGCAGGCUGCCGUUCAGUAUCAAGAUAGAUUGCAGGCUUUAUUUGACUGGGUGGAUAUUGCUGGCAGUAAAUUAUCUUCAAUGUCACCAGUUGGAACUGACCUAGAAACUGUGAAACAGCAAACAGAAGAACUGAAGCAAUUUAAGAUAGAGGCUUAUCAGCAACAGAUAGAAAUGGAACGACUGAACCAUCAAGCAGAGCUGUUGUUGAAAAAAGUGACCGAAGACAGCGACAAGCACACUGUACAAGAGCCCCUAUCUGAACUCAAGUUGUUAUGGGAAACUUUGGAGAACAAAAUUGUUAGCCGCCAGCAUAAGCUGGAGGGUGCUUUGUUAGCUCUGGGGCAGUUCCAGCAUGCCCUGGAUGAGUUGCUGACAUGGCUGAUACAUACUGAAGACCUGCUGAAUGAACAGAAACCUGUGGGUGGUGACCCCAAGGCUAUUGAAAUUGAACUGGCCAAACAUCACGUGCUGCAAAAUGAUGUGUUAGCUCAUCAGUCCACUGUAGAAACAGUUAAGAAAGCAGGAAAUGAUCUGAUUCAGUCAAGUGCUGUUGAAGAAGCAAGCAAUCUACAGAGCAAGUUGGAACGUCUCAAUCAAUGUUGGCAAAAUGUCUGGGAGAAAACAGAAAAAAGGAAACAACAACUGGACAGUGCUUUGAUCCAGGCACAAGGUUACCAUGGUGAAGUUGAAGAUCUGCAACAAUGGCUGACUGAAACUGAGCAUCAGCUUUUGGCAUCAAAACCUGUUGGUGGUUUACCAGAAACUGCAAGAGAGCAGCUUAAUACCCAUAUGGAACUCUGUUCUGCCUUUGAAGCCAAAGAAGAAACAUACAAAUGCCUGAUGCAUAAGGGCCUACAGAUGCUUGCAAGAUGCCCAGAGUCUGUUGAGACAAAUGUUGAGCAAGACAUAAAUAACCUCAAAGAAAAAUGGGAAUCAGUAGAGACGAAGCUCAGCGGAAAAAAAACCAAACUGGAAGAAGCCCUCAGUUUGGCAAUGGAGUUCCACAACUCACUACAAGACUUUAUCAACUGGCUUACUCAAGCUGAGCAAACCUUGACAGCAGCUUCUCGACCAAGUCUUAUUUUGGACACUGUCUUGUUUCAAGUUGAUGAGCACAAGGUCUUUGCUACAGAAGUGAAUGCCCACCGUGACCAGAUUAUAGAAUUGGACAAAACUGGAACACAUCUGAAAUACUUUAGCCAGAAACAAGAUGUUGUCCUCAUUAAGAAUCUUCUGAUCAGUGUCCAGAGUAGAUGGGAAAAGGUAGUCCAGCGCUUAGUGGAGAGAGGAAGAGCUUUGGAUGAUGCAAGGAAACGAGCCAAGCAGUUCCAUGAAGCCUGGAACAAACUUAUGGAAUGGCUGGAUGAUUCAGAAAAUACUUUAGAUGCAGAGCUUGAAAUUGCAAAUGAUCCUGAUAAAAUUAAGAUGCAGCUUACCCAACAUAAGGAAUUCCAGAAAGCUCUUGGAGCGAAACAUUCUGUCUAUGACACCACAAACAGAAGUGGACGUUCUUUAAAAGAGAAAACCUCUCUUGCUGAUGACAAUCUGAAACUGGAUGACAUGCUGAGUGAGCUAAGAGACAAAUGGGAUACAGUAUGUGGAAAAUCUGUGGAAAGACAAAACAAACUGGAAGAAGCUCUGCUGUUUUCUGGACAAUUUACUGAUGCUCUUCAGGCUCUCAUAGAUUGGCUGUACAAAGUGGAACCCCAGCUGGCCGAAGAUCAGCCUGUGCACGGAGACAUUGACUUAGUGAUGAACUUAAUGGAUAAUCACAAAGUGUUCCAGAAGGAACUAGGAAAGAGGACAAGCAGCGUCCAGGCUUUGAAACGCUCUGCCCGAGAGCUGACUGAAGGCAGUCGUGAUGAUUCCUCCUGGGUAAAGGUCCAAAUGCAGGAACUUGGUACUCGGUGGGAGACUGUGUGUGCGUUGUCUGUCUCCAAGCAAACACGACUGGAACAAGCCCUCCAUCAGGCAGAGGAAUUCCACUCUGUGGUUCAUGUUCUUUUGGAAUGGCUGGCUGAGGCUGAACAGGCCCUUCGUUUCCAUGGCAUCCUCCCAGAUGAUGAAGAGGCUUUGCGAGCACUAAUAGAUCAGCAUCGGGAAUUCAUGAGGAAACUGGAAGAGAAAAAAACUGGGCUAAAUAAAGCCACAGGUAUGGGAGAGGCCGUCUUGGCUAUCUGCCACCCAGACUCCAUCACUACCAUUAAGCACUGGAUAACAAUCAUCAGAGCAAGAUUUGAAGAGGUGUUAGCAUGGGCAAAGCAACAUCAGCAGAGACUGGCAGUAGCCCUGGCUGCAUUGAUUGCAAACCAGGAGUUACUGGAAGCAUUAUUGUCCUGGCUGCAGUGGGCAGAAACAACUCUGAGUGAAAAAGACAAGGAGGACAUUCCUCAGGAGAUUGAUGAUGUUAAAGCACUCAUAGCUGAACACCAGAUGUUCAUGGAAGAGAUGACUAGAAAACAGCCUGAUGUUGAUAAAGUUACUAAGACGCACAAAAGGAAAGCAGCCGAAUCUGCUCCAAUACAGUCUCAGAUUCCUGUACUUGAUAAAGGAAGAGGAGGACGGAAACGUUCCCCAACACUAAGCUUGUAUCCAUCAGGUGCACAGACCCAGAUUGAAACCAAAAAUCCACGGGUGAACCUGUUAGUCAGCAAGUGGCAGCAAGUCUGGCUCCUAGCCUUGGAAAGAAGAAGGAAAUUGAAUGAUGCUUUAGACCGACUAGAGGAGCUGAAGGAAUUUGCUAACUUUGAUUUUGAUAUUUGGCGAAAAAAAUAUAUGCGGUGGAUGAACCAUAAGAAAUCUCGAGUGAUGGACUUCUUUAGAAGGAUAGAUAAAGAUCAAGAUGGGAAGAUAACAAGGCAGGAAUUUAUUGAUGGGAUUCUUUCUUCGAAGUUUCCUACCAGCCGAUUGGAAAUGAGUGCAGUAGCCGAUAUCUUUGACAGAGAUGGCGAUGGCUAUAUUGACUAUUAUGAAUUUGUAGCAGCGCUUCAUCCAAACAAGGAUGCAUACAAACCUCUAACAGAUGCAGAUAAAAUUGAAGAUGAGGUGACGAGGCAGGUAGCAAAAUGUAAAUGUGCAAAGCGAUUCCAAGUGGAGCAAAUUGGGGAUAACAAGUACAGAUUCUUCCUGGGAAAUCAGUUUGGUGACUCCCAGCAACUCCGUCUUGUCCGUAUUCUGCGAAGCACUGUUAUGGUUCGAGUUGGAGGUGGAUGGAUGGCAUUGGAUGAGUUCCUAGUGAAAAAUGAUCCUUGCAGAGCAAAAGGAAGAACAAACAUGGAGCUACGUGAGAAGUUCAUGUUGGCCGACGGAGCCAGCCAAAGUAUGGCUGCCUUCCGACCAAGGGGGCGUAGAUCACGACCAUCUUCACGGGGUGGUUCACCCAACAGAUCCACUUCUGUGUCAAAUCCACCUGCCCAAACAGCUCCAACAGCAUCUGUUGCUACCAGCACACCCAAGACACCCCAUCAUUUAACACGCAACUAUGGUAAACCAUGGUUGAUAAACAGCAAAACGACAUCUUGUAAACCACCAGAGUGCUCUGAAUAUCAAGUGUCAUCCACGGAGGGGACUCCAAUACAAGGGAGUAAACUUAGGUUGCCAGGAUAUCUAUCGGGGAAGGUUUUCCAUUCUGGAGAAGACAGUGGUCUAAUCUCAACAGCAGCUACAAGAGUCAGGGCACAUUUUGCAGAAACUAGAAAAACUCCGAGCAGGCCACGAAGUCGGGCAGGAAGCAAGGCUGGCAGCAGAUCUAGUAGCCGCCGGGGCAGUGAUGCAUCUGACUUUGACAUUUCAGAAAUCCAGUCUGUGUGCUCAGACGCGUCAGAGACUGUUCGCAUGGCAAGCAGACCGACACCUCGGCCUUCUUCUCGGUCUGGAGCUAAGCCUUCCAAAAUUCCAACUCCGCAAAGAAGGUUGCCAGCUAGCAAAUUAGACAAGUCCUCCAAGAGAUAGUGUGAUUGUCUCAGUCGAGGUCUUCUUUGUCUAUUACAUUAAAAAUAUUUAAGUUUGUAAGAUGUAAAAUAUUCUGUAGAAAUUAUUGUCAAAUAUUACAAGGAUUUGGAUUUUUAAUUUUGCAGAUGGCCUUAUUUGUGUAUUUGUCUUGUUUUAUGUGUAUAAUUUUUGUCAACUUUUGUUUUGUUUUCGCCAUAUCCUAUGUGAACAGGGGAAAGGGUUUUUUUAAUAAGUGUAAACUAACGGUGGUUUGCAGUAAUGUUUAGAGAGAUCACUAAAAGCAAUUUCUGAAUAUACAGUGAAGUCUUUGCAUCCUGUCAAAAAGGCCUGUUGCUUCAUUGUUAGGAUAACAGUAAAGGAUACCUCAUAACUUUGUCUUAAAACACAAGACAAAAGGCAAAAUUAUGCAUUUUAAGCAGAAUGAACACUAAAAGGUGUGUGGCUGAGAUACUAAGAAACAGAAAACACAGUUCACAGAGCAGUUAAAUAAAAAGCAUUUUCCAGAGAACUCACCGAAAAAGUUACUUAAAGAGCACUUGCCAGUACUACAAUACUCCAAUAUCUUGCAGCAUUUUCUGUGCCAUUGCUUUAAAAGAGGCCAGACACAAUCUGGAUAAAACACCUAUUACACUUGUAUAAGAAUGCCAGUAUAACCUGCAUUGAUGUCAACGUGAGGUUUUCUUUUGCUUGAGUGGAUGAUAGCACUGUACCAUUGGACUCAUUUUAUAUUGAAGCAGUUUUACUUGCAAAAGAGAAAAGGAAAAAAAUGUACGAAAUAAAUCUUG